GAUCGGAGAGGGUCGGGCUGAGGAGCGACUCGUCUACAGAUUUCCUUCCUCUCCGCUCCGCAUUCCUGUGUUCCGAGCACGAUUCCCCCAAUUCCGAGCCAGCAGCGCCACAUCUGCGCCUCCGUCACUGCAAGCGCGCAGCUGGAGGGGCUCAGCGCGACCACCCUGCUCCGCUUCUGAGGGGUAUUUUUGGGGCAUUUCUUCUGGAAGCCAUACAAAGGGAGCCCGGCUGGAUUCUCUGAGCAUAAAGGACGUGGAUGCGUCGCACGGUGUGCUGCGUCCAGACCUGUCUGACCAGGUGGAGACGUCCAGGACACGGAGCGGAGGAGGAGAAGCAGGGUGUGAAGCUCUUGCUCUGGAGGAAACGCUGUGGGUUUUGCCCCCUCAGCACCGGCCACGCCAGCCCACCAGCCUGAAGGGGUCCGUUUAGAGGGGAUUUACUGGGAGAUCUCCAGCUCUUUUGGACCAGAAGAUCCCAGCAGCGGUGGACGUGCCGUGGGGCUCGACGUGGAAAAGUUGGUGAACUUUUCUUGGUCUUUUUUUGAGACCCGCUUCCUUCCAUUUGUUGCCCAAAAGGAGAAACAAAGUAGCCCAGUUAGUGCUGGAUUGGUGAACUUUGGUGGACUCCUUGCUCCAGGCGCCGUGCUCUUGCUCCUGGAUGCGGCUUUCGGAGCGGUCCAUGGCUGCAAGGCCCAGCUGACGGUACUCCAGCGCCAAAUCUCCAUUUUCGGUCCUUCCUUUCUUCAUUUUCUGGGACGAAUUCAUCUACAGAGCUCACCGACACCCCGCCAGCCAUGCAGCUCGCCUGGAGGAAUGUAGCUCCGCUGUGGAUUCUCCUCCUGGACUAUCUGCUGGGAUCAGUGGCUGAAGAAGAGGUUUUAAUGAACACGAAGACGGAAACGUCCGAUCUGAAGUGGACCACCUACUCCAGAACAAAGUCUGAGUCCCAGUGGGAGGAGGUGAGCGGUUUGGAUGAAGAGAACAACAGCGUUCGGACCUAUCAGAUCUGCCAGACGGACGGCUCCUCCAGCCAAUGGCUGCGCAGUAAGCUGAUCGAGCGGCGCGGAGCCUCGCAGGUUUACGUGGAGCUUCGCUUCACCAUGAUCGAGUGUUCGUCGCGCAGCACGCACCACCGCUCCUGCAAGGAGACCUUCAACCUGUUCUACUACCAGAGCGACACGGACGACGCCACGGCAACGCACCCCCAGUGGAUGGAGAACCCAUACGUCAAGGUGGACACAGUGGCGGCGGAUUUCCUGCUCCGUAAAGGUGGAGAGAAGAAGUUUAACGUGAAGACUCUGCGUCUGGGUCCCCUGACGAAGCGAGGCUUUUACCUGGCGUUCCAGGCUCAGGGCGCCUGCAUGGCCCUGCUGUCCGUGCGAGUGUUCUUUAAGAAAUGUCCGGCCGUCACCCGCUCUCUCUCCGUUUUCCCGGAGACCGUGCCACGUUCGCUGGUGCAGGAGGCCGUGGGCACGUGCGUGCCGAACGCAGAGCAGCCGGGGCCCCGCUCCCGCCCCCCGAAAAUGUUCUGCGGCGAGGACGGGCAGUGGGUGGAGCAGCCGAGCUCCAGCUGCACCUGCAGAGCCGGAUAUGAGGCCAGCGCUGGAGAGCUGGAAUGUAAAGCCUGUCCUGCUGGUCAGUUUAAGCUGGGUUCUGGUUCUGGUCCAUGUUCUCCGUGUCCAGAGUCCAGUCACACUGGAGAGACUGGAGCAGCGUCCUGUGUGUGUCGCCCCGGUUACCAUCGCGCCUUCACUGACAGCCUGGAUUCACCCUGCACACGCCCCCCCUCGGCCCCCCGCAGCCUGUUCCCUCAGAUUAAUGACACCUCUCUGACUCUGGAGUGGAGUGAGCCGGUGGACAGUGGCGGUCGCUCUGACCUGUCCUACAGCAUCCAGUGCAGCGUGUGCGUGUCCCCCGCCGGGCCCUGCACCGCCUGCGGAGAGGGAGUCAGUUACCGGCCCGCUCAGGCCGGCAUCCGAGGGCGACGGGUCAGCUUGUGGGGGCUCCGCCCACACACCACCUACACCUUCACCGUCCAGGCUCUGAACGGGGUUUCCGCACUCAGCCAGCAGGGGCCGGCCGGAGAGAGCAUCAACAUCACCACGGGCAGAAACGUUCCGGUGCUGGUGUCCGGUAUCAGCAAGAGGACAGCCACAGAGUCCAGCCUGACGCUACACUGGGCCGUUCCAGCACAGCCUCCCUACAGCAUCCUGCAGUACCAGCUCCGCUACUGCGAGAAGGAGCGCGGAGCGGACGAGCACGGGUGCCGUUACAAGGAGAGCAACAGCAAUCAGGUGGUUCUGAGUGACCUGCGGAGAGCCACGCAGUACGAGGUUCAGGUCCGAGCCCAAACUCAGGCCGGAUACAGCAGCUUCAGCCCGGCCAAGUCCUUCAGGACUCUCCCAGACGAAGAUGACUCUUCAUCCCCUCUCCUUGUUACCGGGGUUCUUAUCGCCAUGGGGAUGCUCCUCCUCAUCACUGUCAUCGGCAUCGCCAUCUACUGCAUCCGGAAGCAGAACCGACUGAAAGAUCCUGAACUGAGUGACAAAAACGAACAGUACCUGAUGGGCCAAGGAGUAAAGGUCUACAUCGAUCCCUUCACCUACGAGGACCCAAACGAAGCAGUGCGAGAAUUUGCCAAAGAGAUUGAUGUCUCCUGUGUGAAGAUUGAGGAGGUCAUUGGAGCAGGUGAGUUUGGUGAGGUGUGCCGAGGCCGGUUGCGGAUCCCCGGUAAGAAGGAGAACUACGUGGCCAUAAAGACCCUGAAGGGCGGCUACACGGACAAACAGAGGCGGGACUUCCUCUCCGAGGCGUCAAUCAUGGGUCAGUUUCAGCACCCCAACAUCAUCCACCUGGAGGGCAUCAUCACCGCCAGCUGCCCCGUCAUGAUCAUCACAGAGUUCAUGGAGAACGGCGCGCUCGACUCGUUCCUCAGGCUGAAUGAUGGUCAGUUCACUCCGAUCCAGUUGGUGGGAAUGCUGAGGGGAAUAGCGUCCGGUAUGAAGUACCUCUCCGAGAUGAGUUACGUCCAUCGCGAUUUGGCUGCGCGCAACAUCCUGGUCAACAGUAACCUGGUGUGUAAAGUGUCCGAUUUCGGCCUGUCACGAUUCCUGCAGGAGAACUCUUCUGACCCCACCUACACCAGCUCACUGGGUGGUAAGAUUCCGAUCCGCUGGACGGCUCCAGAGGCCAUUGCCUUCCGGAAGUUCACCUCCGCCUCAGACGUCUGGAGCUACGGCAUCGUGAUGUGGGAGGUGAUGUCGUUCGGAGAGCGGCCUUACUGGGACAUGAGCAACCAGGACGUAAUUAAUGCAAUAGAGCAGGAUUACCGCCUGCCCCCGCCCCCGGAGUGCCCCACCCACCUGCACCAGCUGAUGCUGGACUGCUGGCAGAAGGAGCGCACCGCCCGGCCGCGCUUCACCAACAUCGUCUCCGCCCUCGACAAGCUGAUCCGAAACCCCGCCUCCCUCAAAAUCACCGCCCAGGACGGAGCAGGUCCAUCCCACCCCCUGCUGGACCAGCGCUCCCCCCCCACCCCGGCCUCCUGCGGCUCGGUGGGUGAAUGGCUGCGGGCAAUAAAGAUGGAGCGCUACGAGGAGAGUUUCCUGCAGGCCGGCUACACCUCCGUCCAGCUGCUGGCACACCUCAACACAGAGGACCUUCUGCGAUUGGGCGUCACUCUGGCCGGCCAUCAGAAGAAAAUCCUGUCCAGCAUUCAAGCUCUUAGGGUUCAGAACAAAAGUCCCAAUAACAUUCUGUACUGACCACACACACAAAUAAAGACACGUCACACACACGCAGAAUAAACACACACACACACACACACACACACACGUACAGAGCAAACAAACACAAACACAUCUCAAGACUUGACUGGAGAAGCUCUUCCUGUGACCUGACCAAUCAGGAACUCCCGUCUGCCGCCAACUUCCAAUAGACCGGGAGUUUGUGUUUGAGUGGCCAAUCGGAGAAUUUGUGGUGCUUUAGGAGUCAUUCCUGUUAUUGGCCGAGGAUGCCGACAUUGGACCUGAGUGGCAUCCGAGCAUGUCUACGAGGACAGAGACUGUGCCAAGCGAGGACAUUAAAGUUGUCUUGUCAGACAAUGCUACUGCUAACGUCGCGAAAAAGGGAAACGGAGAAAUGUCAGGUGCCAAUCCGAGGACCACACAGCGCGUGUGACGUUUUCAAGAGAGUAUUUUUCUAACGGAUUGUAUUAUCUGGGAAAAGACUGAGGAGACACAGCAGCAGAGGAGGACACAACUGCUCAGGAGGAGGAACGUGAACUUGCUACGGCGUCGUAUUGCGGACAAGCCCCGUCAGGAAAUAAUCUGAUUGUAAUCUGUGAUUUAUUUUCUUUUUUUCAUCCUGUCUGUCUGAGCACGCAAAGUGUGCGUAUGUGUAAGAACGUUGACUGAAUGACUGUACCAUGCUCCCACGUUCUGGUGAGGACGUGCUGGAAGGAUCCGCUGUUUUACUUUGCUUUUAGAUGAGCGUGUUAACUAGCAGAGCAUCAACCGGGCCUGUACUGUAUUAGCACUUGUUCGUACACUGCCUGUCAAACGUUCGAGGACACCGAACUUUUUUUAAAACUGUUUUUUAAACACAGAUGAACAUGAUGUCUUUGUCAGUUUGCCAAAAAAAAAAAAACAUAAUAAAUAGAAAGCUCUUUAGAUUUUGCCCUUUUUUCUCUGUUGAAAAUGGCGCUUUUUAUCUCGGACCUUGCAGGUUUUGCUCCACGCUUGGGCCAACCGAGCUUCAAUAUGAGCAUUUGGCAACAGUUUGGAGAAUAAAACCGUCCCAUCAUACCAAGGAAGACGAAGCUGAGUGUGGGAGCAGGUGUUUAGCACAUAACCGCAGCUAUUUUUUGUACUUAUUCUGUUACUUAACUGAAAACUAACCAUGAAAAUCAAACAGAAAGUUUGAAAAGAAGUCCAGGGUGUCUCCAAACUUUUGACGGGCAGCGUAUUUCUAAGAGAAUGGCAUUUCAUUCAGGCAUAGAGGCAACCAGUCAGUGAACGGUCAGUGUUGCGUUAAUAGCCGCUAUGUACACACGCAUACAUGCAUUCAGAGCAGCUGACACUUGACUGACAGAAAGAGAGAAGAAAACAAGGCCCAGUUCGUAAACGAAGGGUGAUUACUCUUUCCAGAACAGCUGGGAUUGAGUUGUUGGACUGGAUGCUAUGGUGCUAAUUAUGCUAAAGGAAUAGUUGUGCUAAUAUUCCAACUUACAUGGUAUCAACCUCAAAUGUAGUCAAUCAGUCCAAGACAAGCUUGGUUUUUAAGUCUUAGCACUGGAGCUAAUGUGGCUACUAGGAUGUGGAUAAUCAGACAAACCUGCAAUCAAGAAUGCGACCCAUUAAAACUGCAUUGCGUUUUAUGUGAACAAGGACUUAAAGGCGAUAUAGUCAACAUUUUAAACAUUAAUACAGCAGCAAACAACUUUUUCCUAUGUAAAGACAUGGUGGAGUAACAGCGUCCUGAGCAGAGAGUGAAGCCACGCCCCCUCUGUGUGAGCUGGCCAUUCCGGCCGCGUGUGCGCCCGGAAUGUUAGUCCCGCCCUGUGAAAGUGCCAGCCCUCAACACGUUUGUUGUGCAUGCGAACUAAGGCAGAACAGGAAAAUACAAACGAGUAGCUGGCGAAAAAGAAGCCGAAGCUGCACUGAGAGUAGAAAAGCCUGAAAACGGAUGAGGAGGCUGCUCCUUCUGCUGUUUAAUAGUGAGUAUUGUUUUGUCCCGUCUGCGAAUGCACCUGGUUAGCUUCACAACGGAAACGGUAGUGACUGUUUUCUAACCCACAUCCGCGUUAUUGUUCACUCGAACGUGAGUUCAUGGUGUUUGUGUGUACGAGGCUUGCGAAGGGUUUUAUGGCCACAAAGAUCUAAAAGGGAGGCGGAGUUUCUGGAGGAGCACUGAAGGGGGGGGGGUGUUUAUUUUGCUAUUGAGUUCAAGUAUCGACAGUCGUUCUCCAGACUCACACAUUGCUCUGUUAAACGUUAUCGAAUGAAAAAACUCAGGUAAUGUGAUGUUAUGACAACAGGCUAACGCAGUGAACUUAGUUACACUUACCACACAUUAUUAGCCAAAGUCAGCAAACAUAUAUGGACUAAAUGGAGGUAACCUGAAGUUUUUAUUCGUAGUUUGAUCAACUAUCAAGGUAAACUGCAGCUUUUCAUCAUGGGACCAACUACAUAUGCUAACCACUAGCUACCAAACACUCUCCCGGAAGGAUCUUUCUCACAGAAAUCGCUAUUAAAGCUCGAGCAAACGCUGAACGCUCUCUCUAGAGACUGAAGCCUGGGUCACACUAUAGGACUUCUACCCCGACUUUAGCCCCGAUUCUCAGUCUGAGUGAGGUGGUCGGCUCCAGGCUGCAGAUUUUUGGGUCAGUCAGAGUCGACAGUUGGAGAGAGAGUCCAGUCGUGUUUGAAUUGUUUAUCCAACAUGACUCUAAAAUCUAUUGUAAACUAGUCCAACGACUCAAUCUGAAGGCAUUCCUGCAACAGCCAAUGAAAUAUGAGAGCACGUAAACAAAGUACAAUGGCGAAAAAAGUCUCUCACGUGAGGAGCGAAGUUUUUAAACGAGCCAAGUUUAAGAUUGUAAGAUUGAAUCAAGUUUCCCUGCUGCUUCUUUACUGUCUCAGCGCAGACAGCAGAGAAAACAGCAGCAGCAGCAGCUCAUGUUUGUUUAUUUGCGUCUCCUAGUAACGGGAGAACGCGAGAGUUUGCGCGAGUUCGGUGAGCUCCGUUCGUGAGACACCGAUCCUUUUACAAUCUGUUAAUACUUCAAAAGUUACGUAGUGAGAUCAAGGCUUAAGAUGCGUUUGGGACACUGGGCCCACAUUCGUAGGCCACAGCUGGAAGACUCCAUCCAAGAGAAGCAGCACAGAGUCAGCUCAGCCUAGCUCAGCUUAGCACUGUGUCAUGUGGCUAAAUCUUCCCGCUGUGUUUAAGGUGGUUUAAUCUCUGCUGUAUCCGUUUAUCAGUGGCUCUGGCGCUGUUGUUUAAAAUGAAGCGAGUCGAGAGUCCGAAUAUUUGGCGGUUAACAGUUCAUCGCUUAAUCAGUAACAUCCCUACAAGCUUAUGCUAAUUAGCCCAGCAGUAGGCCUCAUGCAGACUGCAUGCACUGACCUCAAACCGCGUCCAGCUGCAGAAUAAGCUCGAGUCGGACUGACUGUGUGGUUUCUAACACUUUAAGACACACUGGUACCCAUGAAGAUGGACCACAGCUCCAGUGCUAGAGCUACAGAAGCGGCCUUAUCUCGGCUGAUCGAGUACGUUUGGAGUAAAAGCUGAAAUGAGGUGUUUUUUUAAACAUUUUCUGCCAAACCGUUUCCUUUCCAGCUCAGUGCUCAUGCAGAUUUCAUCACGUGGACCACAGGGUUCAGAAACCUGACCGCUUCAGUGAACUUUGACCCAAAGUCUGGGACUGUGGUUAGAGGACGAGUUUUGGUCUUCACAUUGGAGAUCUAUAAUUACAAAGCAGGGAGAUGACGAUGAUUAUUAUUGUUAUUAUUAUUAUUAUUAUUCUGUUGCCUUUCUUUUGAUGUAUAGAAAUCUCUGGCUUUAUGUAAAUGAGUUUUAAUUCUUUUCUGUGUCAGUGUAAUCUGUGUUUACUUCACAAUAAAGAUUUACACCACCA